AUUUAUAAAUGACGCUCGGCUGAAAGGAGCCAAAUAAGAGCUCCACAAACAGAGAUACCACAGUGGGUCAGCAUUCAGUGCGGGUUCUCUUCUGUUUAAAAAAGAGAGGAACACAGGGAAGUCUGACAGAUAGACUGAAUCUUCAGAGUAAGCCUGUGUACUGUCUGCCACUUCUCCCACAUCUCUCACGAUGGAUACCAGAUCCGCCUCCCCUUCUCCCUCUGUGGUGGCGGGUUCUUCCUCCCUGUGGGGUCUAACCAAAAGGAGAAACAGAAAGCCUGGCUCAGGGAACAUUUUCAGCAAUGUGAACCUGUGGCAGCUCCAGAAGUUGUUUAGGGCAGCUGGAGAUCAUGACGCCAGGCAGAGGGCCCAGCUCAUUUGGGUACACAAAGACAAUGCUGAACUGGCUCAGGCCUUAAUAGCGCUGAAGAGUCGAGGUCAUCGAAGAGGGCUGAGGACUAACGGGAAUGAUGUGGUAGGCUCGCAAUGGCUGCGAGCUUUCAAUCACCUCAGGAUUGGAGAGAGCUCUUCAAGCAGACAAGGGAAAGAAGCUGGCGAGGAGAGGGAUUUAAAGGCCGAAACACAGAGAAGUCCAGAGUCCUGCAAACACACCUCAUUCGGAGCAACAUCAGGAGAGACCGAUGCCGAAUCGGCUCUAACUAAGAGCCAAAACCCUAACAGAACCUUUGACAGAGCAGCUACAACCAGCUCAGGACUGAGGAGGGCAGGAGAGAGUAAUCCAGAGAGAUACCUGCACCGAAUACUUUGCUGCGAAAGAAAAGGUAAAACUCCUGGACAGAACAUGGACACAUAUAGUUCUAAAUGUUAGAGAUGAAACUUGGAGAAGAGAGUAUUUCACAAUGUUGGGCCUUUCUUGUGUUGCCCUGACGGUACUCUCACUUGUUGGAAACAAAGUUCCACCAGAUCACCUGAGCCUAAAGCACAGACUGAUUUAAUUUAACUCAAAGCUUUAAAUAACGAUUGAUGCUCAGAAUCGGCCGUAUUUAAUGUGUUCUCACAUUCACAUCACCAGUAACACUAAUUAUGCAUAAGGAAGAGAAGACAGUUGGAAUGAAAAAACAUGCUUUUGUUUUAUUGACUUUUAUGUUUUUUGAAAAGAAUUAUCACCAAAGCUGUUAUUGAAAACUUAACGUGUUGAAAGCCUUGUUGUAAACAGUAAGACAAUCUAAAAAAACACAAAAACAAUGCUCUGCAUUCAAUGUUCAUAAAACAAUAAAGAAACGAUCAUAAACAAACCUCAUAAAAGUGCUGGAUUUUUACAAUUUCUUUUUUAUAAACCUGUAAUGUUCUAUUUUGAACUCUCAAUAAAAUCUGUUUUAUUUUCAA